UCGUAUUUUUUCAUUCAUGUUUUUCUCAGGAGUUGCAUUCAUAUCUUGCGUUCUCAACAAUGUCGUCUAAUUUUAAAUAUUCCCUCACAAAAGUGUAUAAAAAUUAUCAGAAAUAUGUGCCAGAGUUGAAAUCCACCGCAGUGCUACGCACCAUAAUUCAAGUAUGCGUCCACUACAUCGAAACAAAGUCGUGCUCCAAAGACGUUUUGGACCGAGCCGUGCACAAGCUCCAAGCUUCGAACCAGGAUGUGCCGGAGCACUUUUGUGAACUGUUCGCCGGUAUUUUGCAGCUGAUCCAACUUUAUCUACGCUACCCCAAGGGCAUUGUGAAAGACGACGAACUGAGGGAAUCGCUGAAAGAUCUCAAAUUUCGGGACGAUUGCAUCGAGGAUAUCGUCAAGGUACUGCGGCAGCAUCGGGACCCUCUGAGCCUGAACUAUCGGGAGAUGCGAAAUCUCCGAUCACCACCCAGGAGGAUGGUGUGGCGCAUCAACAUUUCGUUCAUGGACAGAUCUUCGGCCCGGCAUCCCACGAUCAUUCUACACAUACAGAAAACCGACGGAGAAUUCCUCAGCUUCGAGCUCAGCUUAUCAAUGUUCCACAGGCUUCGCUACAACGUCGCAUCUUUGUUACAUGAGCUGCAAACCCUCGAGCGGAGGCAGAGCGUAAGGAAAUCUUAGGAAAACAAUUUUAUAUAACUACCGCCAUCGCCAUGUUGAUGUUUGCUCGUCCGAAUAACAUUCAAUCACCCCGAACGAACCGAUCGAUCCUCAAUAAACAACAUCAUUACUCCACUUCA